AAUCUUUUAAGGUUAUUUGUUAUCUUUGCGUCCACUUAUAUUAUGAGUACGACAAAAAAAAAAUAAUUUAAGUAAAAAACCAUUAUAUCUCUCUAGCGUUUGAUAGUAAAAACGUAUGUUAAACACUGUGUUCUAGUACAUCCGAAGUAACAGACAGUAGUCCUCGGAAUACAGAGUAUAGCGGCAUUACAUGAAAAUGGGUAAAAAAGUUAGAGAAUACAAAUCCGGAGACUUCAUAUUUGCUAAAGUAAAAGGAUAUCCAGCAUGGCCAGCUCGUGUACAAAGAUUGAAUGGCAAAAAGUAUUUUGUAUAUUUCUAUGGAACUGGAGAAACAGCAAAUCUACCACCGAAUAUGAUAUUUGACUAUGCAGAGAAUAAAGACAAAUUUCUAACUAAAACUGUGAAAAGGAAAGACUUCAAUCUCGGUGUUAAACAGAUUGAGCAUGACUUUGCAAAUAAUGUACCUGUUGAAGAGGUUGUUGGGACAGCAUUGUUACCACAAGACACAAGUGUCAAUGAUACAAUCAAUGAAUCUGCUGCUAAUGACACAAUUGACGAAUCUGCUGCCACUGAGGAUGACACCACAAUUGCAAAUGACACGACCACAGAAGAUACAAAUACAAGUCAAAUUGAUACCGGUGUGGAUGAUUCUGAUGAAACCGGUGGCCUGGUUAUUGAUGAGGGAAAGAAGGGUCGCAAAUCAACAAAAGGGGCAACACCGGCGAAACCGAUAAAAGAACCAAAAACUCCACGCGGGAAAGCAAAGAAAGAAGAACAAAAGGAAGAAGUAGAAGAGAAAAAAGAAGAAGAGAUAAUAAGUAGAAGCGGUAGGAAAAUACGACCGAAAAGAUAUAUAGAUGAACAUACAGAAGAGAAUACGACAUUACCUUCGCCCGCACCAAAGAAACGCAAAGUCCCAUCCCCUCCCCCGGAGAAAGAGAAGGAACCAGAGAAAGAGAAACCAAAGCCUGAUGCUACAAAGGCAAAGACUGACAAGACGAAACUUUUUAAUACUGUCUCACAGUCUGAACUCGAAGAUUUGAAAGAACCCUUUGCUCAAGAAGAUGCGGAUAAGGAGAAUAUCCUGAUAGCGUACUUAGGUAGCGGCGAGUAUGUCGGCAUCAGGCUGUUCCAGUCGCGGCCUGCCAGCUUCAAGAACGAGGCAGGCAGGCUGCAGUGGGACAAACAGGCAGCUACUAACGCGCUCAAUCUUAAAAUGCAAUUAGAGAGGGGACAAAUUACACCACAGUCGGUGAUGGGACAACUUGUGACCGAUCUACAUUUAACUGAUGAAGAGAAAGCUACACUGGAUAAGGAAAGAGAGACAGAUGAGAAGAAAUCUCGUGUCCAAUUCUUGAAGACGGAGAUGAAGUUAAUCGAACUGGAUGCCAAGAUAAAGACAUGUCUGUGUCUGGAGAAAGCUGAUACUGAACUCUGCUUGAAAUUACUGGAUGAACUGAUGGAACUAGAUAUAAAACCUCUGAUGUUGUUAAAACACCCUACUUGUUUGGAGACGGUGAAGCGCAUGCGCGCGUACAUCGGUAACACCAACUCGUGGGACCUCAGCGAGAGCGCCGCGCUUCAGUUCAACAAGCAAGCUCAAAGGAUACGCAAGCAAGCAGACACUCUCUACAAGAAUAUGAAAGAAUUAUUCACAACACCAGCCGGCCUCUCAUUCUUUGAGUACUUCUCGGAAAGGGUUUUGGAGUUCAAGAAAGUUACGGCAAAACUCACUUCCGAUGAAAUUUUAGAAAUGGUCCAUGAACCCAUAGAGAUGUCCGCUCCCACACAACUAACUACGAAAACUCCACCAGCGACAAGAGAUGAGGAGUCAGCGCCGGUCACAGAGGAUGACAACACUAAAAAGAAAAAUACCAACACACCAACAAAAGGAAAGAAACCUAACGGAACACAAGCAAAACCUCCAUUAAAGAGACAAUCAUCAAGAAAGCAACAAUUAGAAGAAAAAGAAACAACAAAAGACACAGAGGAAGUCCCAGAAGACAAGUCAAAUGAAAAACCAGAAGAAAGUAAAGACACAAACACAGAAGAGAACAUCACGGAAGAGAAAACACCAGAAACUGCAACAGAGGAAACAAAAGAACAAACGGAAAAUACAGAAACAGAAAAAGAAACGGAGACAAAAGAAAAAAGUCCAAGUCCAGUAAAAGAAAGUGAAAAGAGUCCAAAAAAGAGUGAAGAAAAGUCACAGAAGACUGAAGAGAAAGUAGAAGUGAAAGAGAAAGAAAAAGAAAAGCCUGAUGUCGAUGAACCGAGAGCUAAGAGAACAAGAGAGAGUAAGAAGACUGAACCACCUUCACCAAGAUCACCAUCAAAAAGAAAACAAAAACUUUAAAUGAUGUAAAUUAGACAUGGGCCGUGCACAAUCUUAUAAAAUGUACUAGAUGGAAGCUAUUUUACUGCUAAUUCUGAGACUUUAAAUGAUCACUAAACGUCUUAUACUAUUGUAUUCAAUUUAGUAUUAGUAUAAACUUAAGUAUUCGUUAACGGACUCUGAGUACGGCAGAUAUCGUUGGAUUAUUUUUGAAUUGAUUCUAAGACAUUGUCAUUU